AUGGCGGCACAAACCGCCAAAGAAAACGAUUUUGAUAUAAUUGCUAAUCCGAGUUUAGAAAGUCAAAUCAGUUCGGCGGGAAAAUACCAGGGAUUUCCAAUUGCGAGCCUCGAAAAAUAUAAAACCGUCGAAACCAGCAUUACCACUGGCUUUAGCUUGAAUAAUCCCUCCAAGAUAGUAGUAGAAAAAAACCGCUACACCAAAACUAAUAUUGAUGAGUUUCGCAAAUUUUUUACCAACGACUUAAACCAAUCCGACCCGAAAUAUUUUCGCGGUUUUCGUCCCGGGGAUAUUAAGCAGUUGCCGGACGGAAAAGUGGUUAGCGUUAACCACCAGGCCGAUAUCCGCGAUAAAACGGAUAACCAUCUACCGGAUAACAAGUGGGUAGAAAAAAAAAUUAAAAACCGGUAUUCCGCGGAAAUUGAGACGAAAAAAAACGAAGUUAUCGACCGAAUGAAAAUGCUUUUUCAAGCCGAGAUUGAUGCGGCGGCGAAUGAAGAUUAUGGGUCCGGUCGUUUAAGUUCGGAAAGAAAAAGUAUUUUCACCACUCAUCGGAGCCAGAUUGAAAAUUUAUCGCUCCUCACCGAAAUUAAACAAUUAAUUAAAUCCUUGGUGAAAGCCGAAAGAUUUAUUGCCGAGUUUAAAAAUUUAGAUAAAAUGGCUUCGGCACAAAAAUUAAAAGAAGAAUACCGAAAUGGGAGCGGAGACAAAAAAACCGCUUACACCAUUGUCAACCAAGUGGAUAACCA